AUGUAAUGACGGAGCUGAUUUCGAUCGUUUUCACGAGGGCGUCGAGAAUUGACGUCAACGAAAUGUUUUUGUCGUGUUACAAGGUUAUCGAAAACAGUUCUGCUUGUGGGUGUUUCCUUAAAGCACUUUAUUUGCAAAAUAAACCUGAACUUGUAGUUGCUUGCCUUUGUAACCAAGCUUACCUAGUAGUGACACGAACGGACUGGAGACUGCAAGUGGCAACUGGGACUAUCCGGGUUUUUUUUUUUGGUUUUUUUUUUUUUUUUACAUGAAUCCAGCACUUUCUGUAAACAAUGUAAAACUCUGCUCCCUAAAUCAUCAACUAUGGCUGCAGUAUGUUUAUGACUUGCCAGUUUCCUGUACAUGACAGCUCUAUAUCACUGAAAUGGUGGCUUAAAAGACACACACUCACAUAUAAGCUCAAACCUUGCAACUGAACAGGCUUUGCUUCAGUCCAUCCAUGUCUGGUGAUGUGUUUCGCUCAGGAGGAGGUUUAUUAGCGUUUACUGCGGACACAUUUGCGGAAUGUGGUGCUUGAAAAUAAACUGAAUGACAGGGUACAUGGAGACAACACAAGACUGCGCCUGUGACAAACUUGUGCAAGGGAAACCCUUGGGAGGUCCCCAGAGAAGAUGGCAUUCUGGAGGAGAAAUACUCACAUUGAAAAGGAACGCCAUGUGAAAGCCAACGCAUGGGACUACAAUGACAAGUUCUCAUAUGCGGACAAUCGCAUCAAAACCUCAAAGUACAACGUCUUCACCUUCCUGCCCAUCAACUUGUUUGAGCAGUUCCAGAGGGUGGCAAAUGCUUACUUCUUAGUGCUGUUGAUACUGCAGUUAAUUCCAGAAAUUUCCUCUCUGUCCUGGUUCACAACCAUCGUGCCUUUGGUGUUGGUGCUGGUAAUCACGGCUGUCAAGGACGCCACAGAUGACUAUUUCCGUCAUAAGAGCGACCAGCAAGUCAACAACCGCCAGUCUCAGGUUCUCAUCAGGGGGAGUUUGCAGAAUGAGAAAUGGAUGAAUGUUCGAGUGGGGGAUAUCAUCAAACUAGAGAAUAAUCAGUUUGUUGCUGCAGACAUCCUCCUUCUCUGUAGUAGCGAGCCCUAUGGACUGUGCUAUAUUGAGACUGCAGAGCUAGAUGGAGAGACGAAUCUGAAAGUUCGUCAGGCUUUGACCGUCACCUCAGAUUUGAGAGAUAUUACAAAACUGAUGGACUUUGAUGGAGAAGUCAUUUGUGAGCCACCAAACAACAAGCUGGAUAAAUUCACAGGAACUUUAUACUGGAAAGACAAUAAAUACCCUCUGGAUAAUGAAAAAAUGCUGCUGCGAGGUUGUGUACUCAGAAACACUGAGUGGUGCUUUGGAAUGGUCAUCUUCGCUGGGUUGCAAACCAAACUCAUGCAGAACUGCGGACGGACUGCAUUUAAAAGAACAAGUAUUGAUAAACUAAUGAACACUUUGGUUUUGUGGAUCUUUGCCUUCCUCAUCUGUAUGGGAGUCAUUUUGGCCAUUGGAAACACUAUUUGGGAGAGCUGCAUUGGCAGAAACUUCCAGGUAUUCUUGCCCCGGGAGGCGUUUCAGAGCAGUGCUGUUUUCUCUGGCUUCCUCACCUUCUGGUCCUACAUCAUCAUCCUCAACACUGUUGUGCCCAUCUCACUGUAUGUCAGUGUGGAAGUUCUGCGGCUCGGUCACAGUUACUUCAUUAACUGGGACCGGAAGAUGUACUACAGUAAGACGGACACUGCGGCAGAAGCUCGCACCACCACCCUGACCGAGGAGCUGGGCCAGGUGGAGUUCAUCUUCUCUGACAAGACAGGCACCCUCACCCAGAACAUCAUGGUCUUCAGCAAGUGCUCCAUUAAUGGACAGACGUAUGGUGACGUCUAUAAUGAAUUUGACCAGAAGGUGGAAAUUACAGAAAAAACAGCCUGUGUGGACUUUUCCUUCAACCCUCUCUGUGACAGAAGGUUUAAGUUUUACGAUGGCAGCCUGGUUGAAGCCAUUAAACUGGAGGAUCCUGCAGUGCAGGAGUUCUUCAGACUGCUGGCUUUGUGCCACACAGUCAUGCCAGAGGAGAAGAGUGAAGGACACUUGGUGUACCAGGCCCAGUCGCCUGAUGAGGGAGCCCUGGUCACUGCAGCACGAAACUUUGGGUUUGUCUUCCGGGCCCGAACCCCCGAUACCAUUACACUGUGUGAGAUGGGACGAGCUGUCACCUACCAGCUGCUGGCCAUACUGGACUUCAACAACGUGCGCAAGAGAAUGAGUGUCAUUGUGAGAAAUCCACAGGGCCAGAUAAAACUAUACUCCAAAGGAGCUGACACUAUUAUCUUUGACUGCCUGGAUUCAUCUAGUGAAGACCUCAUGUACACUACCUCAGAACAUCUCAGUGAAUUUGCUGGAGAAGGACUUCGAACAUUAGCUCUGGCCUACAAAGAUCUCGAUGAAGAUUAUUUUGAAGUUUGGAUGAAGAAGCUUCUCUUCGCCAGCACUGUAAUUGAGAACCGCGAGGAUCAGCUGGUCGUUCUCUACGAUGAAAUCGAGCAGGGCUUGAAGCUUCUAGGAGCCACAGCAAUCGAGGACAAACUUCAGGAAGGAGUCCCAGAAACUAUCGCCUGUCUAAAUCUAGCUGAUAUCAAGAUCUGGGUCCUCACGGGAGACAAACUAGAGACAGCGAUGAACAUCGGCUACUCCUGCAACAUGCUGCGAGACGACAUGAAUGAGGUGUUUGUUAUCUCUGGCCACACACUACUGGAGGUGCAGCAGCAGCUCAGGAGUGCUAAAGAGCACAUUCUCGGCCUGAGUCGAGUUAGCAGUGCAGGAGAUGUUGAGAAGACAGAUAUGUUUGCAGAUGACUUGGUAUUUGAAGAAACCAUUAUUGCAGAGUAUGCCUUAGUCAUCAAUGGACACAGUUUGACUCAUGCUCUGGAGCCACAGUUGGAGCACAUCUUGCUCGACCUGGCCUGUUUGUGUAAAACAGUCAUCUGCUGCCGGGUCACUCCAAUGCAGAAGGCCCAGGUGGUGGAGCUGGUGAAGAGGCACAAGAGGGCCGUCACCCUGGCCAUUGGAGAUGGAGCCAAUGAUGUCAGCAUGAUCAAGACUGCUCACAUCGGUGUUGGCAUCAGCGGUCAGGAGGGGAUGCAGGCCGUUCUUGCAUCAGAUUACUCCUUCGCUCAGUUUCGGUACCUGCGGCGGCUCUUGCUGGUGCACGGACGCUGGUCCUACUUCCGCAUGUGUAAUUUCCUGUGCUAUUUCUUCUACAAGAACUUUGCCUUCACGUUGGUACACUUCUGGUACGGUUUCUUCUGUGGUUUCUCAGCUCAGACUGUGUAUGACCAGUGGUUCAUUACCCUCUUCAAUAUAGUCUAUACAUCUUUACCAGUCCUGGCGAUGGGACUUUUUGAUCAGGAUGUCAAUGACCAGAACAGCCUUCGCUACCCGAGCCUGUACAAACCCGGCCAGCAAAACCUUCUCUUCAACAAACGCCAGUUUUUCCUGUGCACACUGCAGGGGAUAUGCACAUCAUUCCUGCUCUUCUUCAUUCCCUACGGAGCCUUCUCCGUCAUGGUGAAAGAGGACGGCUCCCCCUUUUCUGACCAACAAGCAUUUGCUGUCACCAUAGCAACAUCCUUGGUCAUUGUCGUAAGUGUUCAGAUUGGACUUGACAAACACUACUGGACAGCUGUCAAUCACCUCUUCAUAUGGGGCAGCCUGACAGUGUACUUUGCCAUAUUGUUUGCAAUGCAAAGUGACGGCAUAUUUGGCAUCUUUCCAAGCAAUUUCCCAUUCAUAGGCACGGCACGUAACUGUCUAUCAGAGAAGAGUGUAUGGUUGGUUAUUCUGCUCACCACUGUGGUGUGUGUUGUGCCCGGCUUAGCAGUCAGCUUCCUGAGAGCAGACCUCUUCCCAACUCUAACAGAUAAGGUUCGUCAUCUACAACAGUCCAGAAAGAGGGAAAGACCUCAGGAGCAGAAUCUGAGGCGAGUACGCAGAACGAGCUCCCGCCGCUCUGCCUAUGCCUUCUCUCACCAACAGGGCUACGGAGAGCUGAUUACCUCAGGCAAAAACAUGAGGACGAGCACAGUGUCUUCUGCUUGCUCCCCUGAAAGAACACCACACAGCCCCACCUGGAUAGAAAAUAUGUUAAAGAGAAAGAACGAAGUCUCGUGCGUCUCUGAUGAAAGCACGGGAGCACCAGAGAGCAGCAACAGAGCAAAAGAGACUCCAGAGCAACAGCACACAGACUAAACUCGACCUCUGACUAACAGAUACUGUAUACACUAUAGGAUCCCACAGACCAAGCACAAGGUAUGAGUGUCCUUCAUUUGGGUGAAUUUAUGCUCAAAUCCAACAACACAGUCGUACCUCGUUUUUUAUUAGUGUGAAUCUUAUAUUGAAUUUUAAAGGCCAAUCAAAACAUGAUUAUCUAGAGGAACCAUUUCCAAAAAAAAGGCAGCCGAUUGAAAACAGAUAAUGGAAAACGUUUUCAUCUUUAUCAUGCAGGGCAUUUGUUUAAUGUGCAAACUCAGCCUGACAACAGCAGGUAUAUUUUAGGACAACAUUAAGCAUGAGUUGCCAAAGUUAAAGAAAUAUUUGUCAUCCUGAUCAUCCAUCAACUGAUCCAAUUUAAUCUUUAAAUGGUUGGUUUAUUUAUUCAAUAUUAUUUUAAUGGCAUGUCCUUGUCUGAUUAAGAAAGAAAGAUUGGUACAUUUCAGUACCUUAAGAGGAACCUUUUGCUGUCACAAACAAACUACAUAUAUAAAUAACAUAAGCAAAAAUGAAGGUAGCCCCGAGCACCAGUACAAAAAGUUUAAGACUUCCGUAAAGCCUAUGCACUGAAACUCUCCUCUCAACCUACAUCCAAAGUGCUAAAACAUAAGUGUUUCUGUAAACACUUAAGUGAAGCUGCUGAAUAUGAUGACAAGCACAACUUAAUUAUUGAUUUAAAUACUUUUUACUGACUCCAUAUUUUGCCAUAUGGAACUUGUAAUGCCACAAUUCUGAAUGUCUGUGUUCCCUGUGCUGUGCCUUGCAUGGUUCCUGUUAAAGAUAAUCCAUCUUUUCUAUUUGAUAUUUGAUGAUUCUUUGGCUUCAGUUUAUUCAAAGAAAUGUGUGAAACUGGAAUGCAGGGCUUGAAUCUGAUAUCCUCUAAAGAAAAAUCCUCUUUAAAAUACAGGUUUAUCCCUCACUUUAAACAUUGUGCAGCUGCUGUACAACAUUUGAAUGAUCAUUAUCAAACUCCAAACACGAUGUCCGUUUCAAUUUGGUUCUCAGGCUGCUUCCCAAAAUAGAGGAUGAAUAAAAUAAAAUACAGGAAAUUAGAUUUAAAAGCCUCAAGUAUUUAAACCAACAACAAUUAUAUCCUCUGUUAUGUACCAAAUGUUUAGUAGAUAUUUUACCAGAAAGAGGGAAAGGGAAAACUGUCUGCGUGAGGUCCAAUGUGAUAAAAGUCCCUGAACAGAUUUAAAUGCAGAAUGCUGCAGUUACAUUCAGUACAUUACAAUAGCAUGUGCCUUAGACCACUGAGCCUCCACCAUCACUGCUCUCUAAUGAAGUGAUCCCUGCAGAAGCUCAACUCUCGCGUGUGAUCUUACAAUCAAUCUUCCUACCCUGAUUUCCCAGUGGCUCAUGCACCUUUAACACAACACAAACCCCAACAGUGAUGCUGUUCCAAUGACUACUUCAAAUGCAAAUGUAAAGCCUGAAAAUAUUCAGCACAUUUAAUUCAAUUUGCCCUUUUAAACUAUAUUAUGUUCAUGUAUAAAAUGUAAAAAAAAUAAAUAAAAAGGAUGGAUGGAUUUUAUACAACAGCACACAUUAAACAUUAUUGUUUAAUAGUU